UGUUUAGGGCGGACUGUCAGCUGCUGUCACUGAGACACACUGACACGCGGGAGAGAGAGAGUGGAAGCGAGUGAGAGAGAGAGUGGAAGCGAGUGAGAGAGAGUGGAAGCGAGUGAGAGAGAGAGGGUGGAAGCGAGUGAGAGAGAGGACUGUCAGCCUCUAACGGAAGUUGCUAUUCAGCGAGGUGUUUGGACGAUGUCAGAGGACAGACGCUAAUGGCCAAAACACGAAGUGAACUUGCAUUAAUUUGUUAAUUUAGUUGAAAGUUAAUUGAUCACAGAAUUGCAUAGUGUGAGGAAUCAUCGGUCCGUGACAUUCUAACAGGACAGGUACAAAAACAACAAACAACGAGUCCGAUGGGACUGGCAGAGAUCACGGACUGCGACUGCCGUCAGAGGGAAGACGGUUACAAUGUUGUCAGCCAUUAAAGUCGCUCAGUGAACACCACUGUCCACCCGUCCGUCCCAUGUUCACUGGUGGUGUAGUGGCGGCCAGUCGGUAUGUCGCCGCCCCACGAAGAAAGAAGUCGCCCACCCUUACACUACGGGUAGGCUUUCCUUUUUUAAAGGGGUGUCGGCGGAACACAGUUGUGAUGAGGAACACGCUCUAGGGGCGUCUCCUAGCAACCAGUCGCGAGGUGCACUUCAAAGGGUCAGAGGUCGGUGCCAGUGGCUGUCGGGUGGAAAGACUUGACCCGCGUUUACUGACUCUUGGCCUUUGGUGUGCGUGACAGCCAAGCAGCCACGUUCGCUGCCGACAGGUGUUGGUCUCGUCACAAUAUACAUGUAGUGCACUCGCUGCCAGGUGUGUGUUGGGGAGCGAGGAAGACAACACAGAGCGGAGGAGAGGGGAGGGGCAGGGCUGGUGUUGUGUACGCCGUCAGAAGCUAAGACUAUAAGGCUACAUCAGGCUACAUCAGGCUACAUCAGGCCAGCAGCCGCCACUGUCAAUGGCAGAAACAUGAAGAGAAGGAGCAGGGUGCCCGAGGUGGGAUGUGAACACAAAGCACACAAUCUCAACAGGAGCAGGCGGUGAUACCAGUCGCAGCGCAGUGAGAGAGAAGGAAACGUCACGUCACCGGCCAUGAUGACCAUGACUACGUCACACGUCCGUCCAUUCCUCCAGCCCAUGUUUACCACACGCUCUGUGGGUCGCGACCGAUUUCGGGUCUGUUUAUUUGUUUUGUUUUUGUCUUGUUUGCCAGCGCCAGAAGGGCGGGGAGUCAGCUGUCACGUGACAUAAUCUUGUUGCUAGAGUUCAGUUCUCUGAUCACAUGUUGAAAAAGAGCGAAGUUUAUUCUUUCAUCUCUUCUUCUGUAUCACAUACUUGUAGGAACUUGUUUGUGUCCGAAUGUCAACACCAUUGCUGGGCGGUGAAGAUAGUUUUCACGUGGCUUUGACUAAUGGUGGACAUGCUGACUUCAGCAACGACACCUGGUGACGAGAAGAGCGAUGGUCCCGUCAAUAAAACGACGACCCCGAGCUUGUCGGCAGUCAGGUCCCAUCAGCCCUCUGUCACAACGUCACCACGUGCUGUCUGGUCAAAGGGCAACAGGAGCGUGUCCAACCUGCCCUGGGCUUCGUGACGCUUCUUGACUUUUGAAAAAGUGCGAUUCCGUGCGGUCACGAGCUUUACCUGGGCCCCGUGACGUACUUGGUGACGUGGCACUCACGGUGCGCCCCCUGCCCUUGGACUCCAUGCCCCUUGUUGUGCAGGAGAAGAUGCUGUAGGAUCAGGAAGCUGCGCCAUCUUGCGUUACCUGCCAUAACCGGCUGCUGCACUAAAAUGACGUCAUCCUCUGACGCGUACUACCGCGAGCGACGCCUAAAUGACGUCAGAAGGGGCGUGGCGUUUCUACGUCAUACAGACGACCUCGCGCGGCGCCAGUGGCGUCACUACGGCGCCGUGCCGCCCAUCACAACUCACGUGAUCAGAGACCUGGGCGUGACACCGCCAUCAGACGCCACGCGCCGACACACAGCCGCCGAGGUCGUGGAGACAGCAGCUCGUGACUGGGAACGGCAGCCAGACCCAGCAGAUGGCGAAGCAAGGAGAGACUUGCGCUGGGAGGGCGGAGUCAAGACCCCUUCAUCCCAGAACCCUGACACGUUGGCCGUUGAAACAAGUACAAGACCAGGCCUUCAGCCAUUGGCGAGGAACCUCCACAACAUGGAAACGCGUGACGGGUCUCCACAGUCAAAACUUGCAGCCAUUUCCAACAUGUCUGGGCCUUCCGGAAACCACACGAAAACUUUGUCAUCAUCAUCGACCUGCUCCUUUUCUUCCCCAGACACGACAGCAACAGCAGACGACAACCACGUGCUCCUUUGUCAGGAAGCCAAGCACCCGGGGUGCGGCCCGUACAACACGUGGGGUGGGCGAGAGUGGGAGCUGGAGGCCAAGCUGGUGCCCGACCUGCAGCCCCAGCACCACGGCCCCAAGCGUUACGUGCCCAUGAGCCGCGUGGCCAGGGGCAGGGGCCGCAGACAGCUGAGGACUGUCACCGACUUCCGGUCCGGUAACGGCAAGGUGCAGGUCAUCAGGCCACCAGAAGCAAGUCUGGAGAGGGAGAAAACCCUCUCACCUGAAGAAGAGUUCGACCUCGAGUUUCUCAGGCGCGAGAAAACAUUCGCCAUGCUGAAGCGGAUCGACCGACUCCUGGAGCCUAACAGGGCCUACUUCACCUCUGACCUCACCUCCUCCCAGUGUGAGACCUCCGCCACCACCCCGAGCACUCCUUUCACGGCUGUCCCACCCAGCCCUCACAUCGACACCCAGCCGCAAAAUACUCAUCCGGAUCUCGGGCAAGUGCUGCCCCCUGUUUCCCUCAGGAAGACGGCAAGUCAGCUGACCUGUAGGAGGGACAGGGGAGGUAAUCGCUGUAGACAGGGUUGUCCUGCAAGGUCUGGUGCUGACCCUGUGCUGGGGCGGCGGGGCAACUCCUCGGACACUCUGGCUUCAGUCCUGGAGAAACUCAACAGGAAGGGACUGGACCCCUGCCAGAAAUGUCAACAGUGGAUAACUAGGAGCUUCCUGUGACGUCAGCCACAACUGUGUGAGAUAAACUAACAGCUGUCUGUACAAUCUCUGGUGAUUACCACCUAGCAGCUGUCUGUACAAUCUCUGGUGAUUACCACCUAGCAGCUGUCUGUACAAUCUCUGGUGAUUCCACCUAACAGCUGUCUGUACAAUCUCUGGUGAUUCCACCUAACAGCUGUCUGUACAAUCUCUGGUGAUUCCACCUAACAGCUGUCUGUACAAUCUCUGGUGAUUCCACCUAACAGCUGUCUGUACAAUCUCUGGUGAUUCCACCUAACAGCUGUCUGUACAA